UAUGAUGUCAAUAUACGAUGAUCCACCUCCCGGACUCUUUGUGGCCCCAGACGAAAAAGACCUAACCUUCAUUCACGCUCUCGUCACCGGAACUUUUGACACGCCUUAUGAGGGUGGAUUCUUCUACUUUGUGCUCAGAUGUCCUCCCGACUACCCAAUCAGGCCGCCACUUGUAAAACUCAUGACAACAGGAGCAGGAAAAGUUAGGUUUAAUCCUAAUUUGUUCAAAUCUGGGAAAGUUUGCCUCAGCAUCCUUGUCCUUGGAACGAGGUCUGGACCAGCGUGGAGUCCUGCACAGACUUUGAGCAGCCUUUUGCUCUCCAUCCAGUCUCUGAUGACAGAGAAACCCUACCACAACGUGCCAGGCUUUGAGACUGAGCGUAACCCGGGAGACGCUGCCCGCUACAACGACAUAAUCAGACACGAGACAAUCAGGGUGGCCGUGUGCGGAAUGCUCGACAACGACUAUGGCCUUAAAAUUCCCAAAUCGUUCGUCGAAGCGAUGGAGAAAAACUUUCUCGAGUUCUACGAUCUUUAUGUGGCUGUGUGCAAUGAGAAGAUGCAUCUCACUGGCCAACUGAUGCUGGAUCCUUUUGGUGAUAAAAGAGGAACAUUCAACUACAAAGCUCUCCUGGAAAGACUGCCGAACAUAAAGGACAGAUUAGUGGACAAGUCGGAUUCAGGCAGCACAUCAAGUUCCAGUCCAGACUCCACAAUCACCAGUGGUGGACUCAGUCCUAAUGAUAAGUGAAAACAUUGUCAUGUCAUGUUAUGUUGUCAUUAUUUAAUUGCUGGUAUGUUUGAAAUUGUUUAUGGGCAUUUUUGAAAGAGUAGGCCUAUUUAGAGUUGGUCAAGUUGUUUACUUGAAGGUAUAUUUUACCAAGAAAAUUCAAGAAAUUAAUAAUAUGAGAAUAAGAUCUUUUCCACUAAAUUAUAUGAUGUUGAAUCAUUCCUUUUCAGUUGUAGGUUGUUUUCUAAAACUUUGUAUUAUUCUAGUUGAGGUAUCUCAUAAUUUCAUUAUUCCCAACAAGCCGUUGACUUUGAUGCUAAAUACAGUUUCAAAGCCAAUAAUAUAGCCUACUGUUUUCUGAAAAAAUAAUCAUUUGUGUACUUAAACAUCUCCUAAAGAAGGAAUUUCAGAAUCCAUCAAGUGAAGGUAACUUUGAGCAUUGAACCCUUCAAACAAAUUUGUUUAUUAAGAUUCCUGAACCCUAUAUUGUAUUCAACUUUGUUAACACUUAUAUUGAUGUUUAUUUAGUUACUUAUUCAAGAAUUAUGUGUGAUGUACAAUGUACUCGCUAAUUCGUUGAAAAUAUAUCGUUCUAUUUAA